AUGAUGCAAUCUAAAACGAGAGCUUCUCCUCAGUCGCCGGCGCGCGUGUCGAAGAGCGGCUCGACUGUAAAUCACCUGACAUAAACCGCAAGUCAGAGCGCGCAUGCGCUGGGAUUUUUCACUAUAUAAGAAAGUGGUCGCCUCUUUUAGAGAUUAUUUUAUCACAACCACUGGAGUCAUGGGCAGCCCCAGCCAGCAGAACCCGAGUUCCGCGACUGACAAUAAUCUGACUAAAAUAAUAGAAAGAGCACCGACAACUCAGGUUAUGACGUUUAAGGGGUUCAGCAUGCAGAAACUCUUCCAGGUGAUGCAGGCGGUGGCCAUGAGAAGCUGCAGCAAAGCCUGCCAGUUCUUCUGCCUUCCUGCUGUUGAAAAGAGGAACGAUUCCCCAGAUCAGACGCUUCAUCGCAGGGAGGAGAAAAACGCACAAGAUCGACUCACGAGCCCGCCCCCUACCGUUCUCAUCAUCAACAUCAGCAACUCCACCAUGGUCAACUGCGUCAUCGGGGAUUCCCACCCCUCCGCAGCGGCUGAGCGGCGGCCUCUGAUGGAGGACUCUGAGCAGCAGAAAGUAGUGGAGGUGAGCUGCAGUUGCUGCCAAAGCCUGCAGGAGGCAGCACAGGCCGCUCCUUCAGAGCCUCCCCAUCCACUCGCGGCGCACCAGAACAUCAUCAUCCACAGCUCGUGCCUCAGCAACGUCAUCGUGGGAGACAACAACUACAUGCACGUUCAGCAGGACGAACUGCUCGACUAAAAGCCGAGAGACGUC